GGCAACGUCAAAGGCUAGGACGAAGGCAAGCAAGAAGCAACGUGCUUGGAAAGACUUCUCAACUUGAGAGAAGACUUCUCAGGUUCCUCUCAACAAAUUUACGUUUUGAUUUCAUUAUGUCCGAAUUGCAGUCAGCAUUACUUCUUAGAAAACAGCUAGCAGAGUUAAACAAGAACCCUGUUGAGGGUUUCUCUGCUGGACUCAUCGAUGACAGUGACAUUUAUCGAUGGGAAGUCCUGCUCAUUGGACCACCCGACACUCUUUAUGAGGGAGGGUUCUUCAAAGCACACAUCUACUUCCCGAAAGAGUACCCGCUGAGGCCUCCCAAAAUGAAGUUCAUUACAGAGAUUUGGCACCCUAAUAUUGAGAAGAAUGGUGAUGUUUGCAUAUCUAUACUUCAUGAGCCUGGAGAUGACAAGUGGGGUUAUGAGAAAGCUUGUGAGCGGUGGUUACCCAUUCACACUGUGGAAACUAUUAUGAUCUCGGUCAUCUCUAUGCUGGCAGACCCCAAUGAUCAGAGCCCGGCUAAUGUAGACGCAGCCAAAGAAUGGCGAGAGAACUUCCCAGAAUUCAAAAGGAAGGUGGCAAGGUGCGUUCGCCGGAGUCAAGAAGAAAUGUUGUAAGGAACCGAGUAAAGAUGAAAUAGGCAGUGUAAUGUCAUCCAAUAAUUCAGUUGUGUCAAGCCCCCUCGACAGGAAUUUCUCCUGCCUAACUGAAUUUUAGGAAGGAUUUCUCUCCAAACUCGCUCAUUUGUCUUAUUUUUCCUCUCCGAUUCUAUAUUGCUUUGAAUUCUAUACAAAACAAAAUAAUAAAAGAAACGUUUCGAAAACUUCACAAACGAAAUGUUCAGAGGAAUGUCAUGAAGGUAGGCCAUGCAUGAAACCUAGGAUUAAAAUUUUCUGAUGAAAACUUAGUUGCCUGUUGCAAACCGAAAAAUUUAACUAAUGAAUUCUCCAACCUUAUUUAAAUGCAAGAGAAAAACAAAAUUCAAACAAGUUAUGUCACCACAACUUGUAGUUUCACCUCGUGAUAUCUUGUCAUUCUAUAUAUUUUUUUAAAAGCAAGUUUUCUUCCUUCUUUCCUCAUCUUUGAAAUCAACAUUUCCUUACUCGUCACCCUUCAAUUUAUCCCAUACGGGUGGUUGUGUGUGCGUGUUUUUGCACGUCUGAAAAGCAAUUUUUGACAAGAAUAAAUGUCGAUUCAGGCCUUGUA